AUGCUUAAAAGCGAGAUGAAGACUGAAGGCGAGAGGAAGCUGAGGAAAGUCCGAUUUCGAAUUGCUUCCUCUCACAGUGGGAGAGUACUAAAGGAAGUGUAUGAAGAUGGAGAAGCCGCAGACUCUUUGGAUUCUGAAUACACCAGUAGUUCAGAGACUGACCAAACCAGCAGACUGAGUGAAGUGGAUGGACAGCAGAAUGGACAUUUAGGAUCUGAGUGUGAUGAAAAUGAGAAUGAGCAAGAUGACUUGCUCAUUUUAGUGAGAGCUACUAAAGAGAGGAGCUUUGGUAUAAAACGAGUCAACAUUCUAAGCAAAAAUGGUACAGUCAGAGGAGUCAAACACAAAGUCAGUGCUGGUCAAGCCCUCUUUAACAAUUUGUCAAAAAUAUUUCAGCAAGUAUCUACAGUUUUAGAAUUUGGUCGCAUCGUAAUUUACACUACCAGCCUUCGUGUGGUGAGAACCACGUUUGAAAGAUGCGAGCUAGUAAGAAAGAUCUUCCAAAAUCACAGGGUGAAAUUUGAAGAAAAAAACAUUGCUCUGAACAACGACUAUGGAAAAGAACUAGAAGAAAGAUGCAGGAGGGUGUGUGAAAUCCCGUCACUACCUGUUGUCUUUAUUGAUGGCCAGUAUCUUGGGGGAGCUGAGAAAAUUCUGUCAAUGAAUGAAUCAGGGGAGCUGCAGGAUCUCUUAACCAAAAUUGAGAGAGUGCAGCAUCCCCAUGAAUGCCCUUCCUGUGGUGGUUUUGGCUUCAUUCCGUGCUCAGCAUGCCAUGGCAGCAAGAUGUCAGUGUUUCGGAACUGUUUUACAGACUCUUUCAAAGCCCUCAAGUGUACCUCUUGCAACGAGAAUGGGUUACAGCGCUGCAAGAGCUGUGCAAGUUAAGAAUGGCAUCUUCCCAUGUAGAACCUCAUAUUAUGAUAUUACUGCAGCAGUUUGUUACAUACGUUUUAAAAAAACCAUAUUUCUGAUGCAGUCAAUAAAAUGUAUUUGUAAUAAACUUUUUCUUAUUCAGUUGCUAAAGCCAUUAGCUCAGGCCACUGCCUGUCAUGUGCUCUGAGUCUUAAAUAAAGGGACAGUACAGGCUACUUAAGAGAACAAAGUGCUCACAAAAGUUAUUAGAUUGAUAGCCUUUGGAUCUGAAAUCUUUAUUCACAUAAGAGAUUUAGCAGCAGGAGCACACUUUUCCUCACAUUG